ACUUUUGGUAUCGCUUACCCGAAACACCCUGUAAUCUCACGCUUGAUAAAUUAAUAAUACAUUUAAUAGAGCAUGAGCUAUUGUUUAAGUUUUACACAUAAUUUUAAAGUUUUAAUUUGGAAUUUCGUGGCUUAAUAUAAAAAAUGUGAUAACUCUUGAAAUGCAGUAACAAAAACUUGUUCGGUUGAACCUGAAUACAUUUAACUUAUUGACUUAAACAUACCCAUAUGCACAUACAUAUGUAUUAAACAGUAGGCCCAUAUAUUCGUGUGCUGCUGAUAGUGUAAAUGUGUAAAAUUUUGUCAAGAAAGUGUGUCUACAAUAUAAAACAAAAGGAAAAAAAAAACAAGCAAAAAAAAAAAGAAAAACGGUUGCCAAAUCAUGUCGCUAUGUUAAGUAAUUUCGAUAUUCAGUGUUUCUAAUUAGGAUUUGAUUGAUUAAGAAUCAGAAGUUCACGCAGCAGCCAAUUUAAUUGUUGAAAUUCCGUGCAUUGACUUCUAUAUACAUUUUUUUUUUUGGCAAGUGCAACUGUGCGGCAACCUAAACUGAAUGUAUUAUGCCAAGUGGAAAAUCAUUAUUUUGUUUAUCAUUGAUAAAUAUGCCGAUACAUACUUAUACAUACAGAAAUGUGUCAAUCAAUCCAACUCAUGAAAUAUUCUUUCUAUAAAAACACCUAAAGUUGGAGAAACUAAAGGCACCAGGCAUAUAACCAUCAAACGAUAAUGGAUUCUUAUAGUAACAUAAGCACUAAAAUGGAUUAAACAAUAGACGUACACGGAUUUCUGAAUAAGCUUGAAUGGAUGAAACUAAAAUAAUUUUAAAAAGACAAGUCUUUUAACUGUAAAAAAUAUGGCAAACACCAUUUCACUAAUGUCUAACGUGAUACGCAAUGUAGUGAGCAAAAAACGUAUACGAUACAUAGAAAAAGGAUACAACUUGGAUCUUACGUAUAUUUACGAUAACAUAAUUGCCAUGGGCUAUCCAGCUCCAGAUAAAAUAGAGGGAAUCUGGAGAAACCGUCUAGAAGAUGUCUAUAAGUUUUUGGAAGAAAAUCAUGGCCAACAUUACAAAAUAUACAAUCUAUGCUUAGAACGAAAAUAUGACAUCAGUAAAUUUAAUGGGAGAGUGGCCUCUUUUCUUUUCGAAGACCAUAACCCGCCAACGAUUGAGUUAAUGCAACGAUUUUGCAAGGAUGUUGAUUUGUGGCUUAAAGCAGACCCCUCAAACGUCGUAGCUGUGCAUUGUAAAGCUGGAAAAGGCAGAACCGGUACCAUGAUUUGCGCAUAUUUACUGUACAGUGGACGACAAAAAUCUGCUGAUGAGGCAUUAGCCUGUUAUGAUGAGAAACGUACAAAGGAUCGAAAGGGAGUGACAAUCCCAUCUCAGCGUCGAUAUGUUCAGUAUUUUUUCAAACUAGUUUGUUCAAGUGUUCCAUAUUCGAAAAUAAGCCUUAACGUCUGUGAAAUACGAUUCUCGGAGUCCAGUUAUCUGCAAAAUUUAGGCCCGUUGGAGUGUUCAGUAUCCGAAUUACACGACUCCGCAACAGAAAAUGUUCAGCCACAUAGACUGAAAACCUGGCAGAUUGAUUUUCAGAAAUCAUUUGUAUUGUCGUUGUCAUUGGAAGUUGCUGGAGACGUUAAAUUUGAACUUGCACAGCCACAGAAGAAUUCGCGGAAAAUAAUCUGUCAUUUUUGGCUCAAUACAUAUUUUGUCAAAAAUUAUUCACUUUGUGAAUCCGAUGGAAGGGUAAAUAAAUAUACGCAAGUCUUGAAUAAAUCGGAGAUCGAUGAUGUACAUAAAGAAAGAGAACAUAAAUUUUCAGAGGAUUUCAAGAUUACAAUCUCAUUUGAGGCAGUAAAUUGUUGCAAUGAUGUUCAAGCUGAAGCUUCUAAAAAAGAAAAAAAUGACGUUUUAAAUUUUGAAAGAAAUGAAUAUGACAGUGUAUCAUCAAACCGUUUUCUUGAAAAAAAUGUCUUAACUGCGAUCGUCAAUGAUAACACAUCGAAAAGUCAAACAAUAGAACCCCUGGAUCAUAAGGAUAUAGUUACUAAAAUUCAAAACGACACAUCAACCAAUUCAAAAAAUACUUCGACAGCGUCUAAACGCAAACAGCCUAAUAGUAAACCUCUUUUAUCAAGCUUGAAUGAUUCCACAAAAGAGGAAAUAAAAAAAAAUCAUAUAUUUAAUCAACCGUCCAUUAAAAACACUGAUUUAAUCACAUGGCAGAAUAGUGAAGUUCAUAUCACCUCUGACACUCGAAGUAUAAAUGAAAAUAAAAACAUCAAUUACAAUUCAUACAUCACAUGUAAACAAUCCUCCCCAAAAUUCAACUGUGGUACCGAAGAAGGCGAGGAAGAUUGGGAAUCCGGUGAAUCAACAUACCUGUAAUCAAUGCUUACGGACUUAUAAUUCUUGGUGAUUUAGCAAAGUAAUUAAAAUUGCUAAGUAAUUGGCUAAUCUAUUCGAAUUUGUAAAUAUACUGUAUGAUAUUUAUUUAAGUAGUUUUAAAAAUUAUUUUAAAUAAACUCAUGUACAUUUUGUAUUGUA